UCCAUCCAAUUGACCAAUUACUAAAAUCAAAUUCAAACAUCAUUUCACUCAAAGCGGGAAAACCACCGACCAAGAGCAACAGGAAGAGGAGAGAGAGGAAACACAACAAUGGAGGAAACCACAACAUCAACGAAGAAGAAACCACUCAGUCUCAACCAACGUUAUUCUCACGUCCUCUCUGCUUCUCAAUCCAAACCUCCUCAUCGUGAAGGAAAUCAGUCCAAGUUGAAGGAAUUCGAAGAUGAUGUUCCUCAUUUCUCAAUCGCCGAUUCUGAUUCUUCUCCUGAUGUUAUAGAGUUUUCGAAAGCGAAGGCGAAUAGUAAUGGAGGUUCUGCGGUUCAUGAUGAUGAAUCAAUUGGUGGUAGUAUCACGCAGGUUUCUGGGUUUAAUGAUGUUGUGUCUCUUACUGAAAAAUCGAAGCCGGAAAAGGUGAAAAUUGAAGGAAGGAGACGUCUUUGCAAAGUAGCAUGCAAAGAUAAUGAUGAUGAUAACCAACAACAGGUUAAGGAAGAUGAUCUCAAUUUAUUUGAUAUUUCUGAUUAUAGCUCACCGCCACCGGUGAAGGAUGUGGGUUGUGGGGGGAAUGAGAUUAGGGAUAUUCUUAAUGAUUUGAAUUCGAGGAUGGAGUUUUUGUCGAUUGAGAAGAAGCCAAACCCUAGGCCAGUUGACCUAAAAGCUGUUCCUUUGGUGGAUGUUUCGUUGCAUGAAGAGAAAGUAAAGGGUGUGGGUCAAAAUGAUGAAUUGGCAGACUCUGAAUUUGGUAGUGUUGAUUCGUCGUUUGCUAGUGCUUCUGAGUUGUCAAGCUCUUCAUCGGGUGUGAAGGGUGGGGUUGAUGACAAGGAAGUUGAGAGUGGGGCGUUGAGUGAAUCUGAUGGGGAUAACUUUGUUGAGGAAACUAAACCGAGCAAGAAUGAUUAUAAAGGGAAAUCCAGGAAUGUGAGCACACCAGUCGAGGAAAAGCCUGUUGUCACUCACAGGAGUUCAGCUUAUGCUUUGAAAGAUGAGAGUGAUGAUGAUUGUGUAGAGGUGGUAGGUAACAAUUGGACUAGGAGAGAAAAGCGGCAUGGUGGUUUAGUAGAUGAGGAGUAUAGCAAUUCAACUGUUGUUGAGGUUUUAGAUAAUGCUAAAGAUGAUGCUAAAGAGGUUAAUACAGUGGAUGAAUAUGCAAUUACUCUGACUGGCCCAAGAUCAACUUACAAGCUACCUCCUAAAAUCGGCAAAAUGCUUUAUCCUCAUCAACGUGAUGGACUGAAGUGGCUUUGGUCUCUUCACUGUCAAGGGAAAGGUGGGAUUUUGGGAGAUGACAUGGGCUUAGGGAAAACAAUGCAGAUUUCUGGUUUUUUAGCUGGUUUGUUUAACUCACGUUUGAUAAAGAGGGUAAUGAUUGUGGCUCCAAAGACACUUCUCCCUCACUGGAUCAAAGAACUCUCUGCUGUGGGUCUUUCACAGAAGAUAAAAGAAUAUUUUGGAACGUGUCCUAAGCUACGACAGUAUGAACUCCAAUAUGUGCUUCAGGACAAGGGUAUUCUAUUAACAACCUACGACAUUGUACGGUUUAAUGCAAAACAAUUAUGUGGAAAUGACUUUUAUGACGAUGACGGUGAUGAUAUCCCUCUUUGGGAUUACAUGAUACUGGAUGAGGGUCAUCUUAUAAAGAAUCCAAGUACACAAAGAGCCAAAAGUUUGCUUGGAAUACCGUGUGCCCAUCGCAUUAUCAUUAGUGGGACACCAAUUCAAAACAAUCUAAAGGAGUUAUGGGCACUCUUCAACUUUUGCUGCCCUGAUUUGCUGGGUGACAAGAAAGAGUUCAGGGAAAGAUAUGAGCAUCCAAUUCUUCGUGGCAAUGACAAAAAGGCCUCUGAAAGGGAUAAGCGUGUUGGUUCAAUGGUAGCAAAGGAGCUAAGGGAACGUAUACAGCCUUAUUUUCUUAGACGUAUGAAAAGCGAAGUGUUUUGUGAAGAUGACACUUCAGAUAAUGCUAAGCUGUCCAAGAAAAAGGAAAUAAUAGUGUGGUUGCGGUUGACUAGCUGCCAGCGUCAACUCUAUGAGGCCUUUUUGAAGAGUGAGAUUGUCCUUUCAGCAUUCGAUGGCUCUCCUCUGGCAGCAAUCACGAUCUUGAAGAAGAUAUGUGAUCACCCUUAUCUUUUGACAAAGAGAGCGGCUGAAGAUGUGUUGGAGGGCAUGGAUUCAAUGCUUAAUCCGGAAGACUGUGGUCUAGCAGAGAAAUUGGCCAUGCAUGCAGCAAAUUUGACAGGGGAAGAUGAUCUUCAGGAGAAGCAUGACAAUCUCUCGUGCAAGAUAUCAUUUAUACUAUCUUUGUUGGAAAAAUUAAUUCCUGAGGGGCAUAAUGUUCUUAUAUUUUCUCAGACACGGAAAAUGCUUAAUAUCAUUCAGGAAGCUUUGGUGACUAAUGGUUUUGAGUUCCUACGCAUUGAUGGCACGACCAAAGCUUGUGACAGGCUGAAGAUUGUAAAUGAAUUUCAAGAAGGUCGUGGAGCUCCUAUUUUUCUGUUAACCUCUCAAGUUGGUGGUCUUGGCUUGACCCUCACGAAUGCUGAUCGUGUCAUUGUUGUUGAUCCAGCAUGGAAUCCCAGUAUGGAUAACCAAAGUGUCGACCGUGCUUAUCGGAUUGGCCAGAAGAAAGAUGUUCUAGUUUACAGACUGAUGACAUGUGCUACAAUUGAAGAAAAAAUAUAUAGGAUGCAGAUAUACAAGGGUGGCUUGUUCAAGACUGCUACAGAGCAUAAAGAGCAAACACGUUACUUCAGUCAGCAGGAUCUUAAAGAGCUUUUCAGCCUUCCAAAAGAUGGGUUUGAUGUUUCUCCCACUCAGUUGCAGUUGGUUGCUGAACAUGGUGACCAGAUCUCAUUGAGUGACUUUUUGAAAGCCCACAUCAAAUUCCUGGAAUCUUUAGGCAUUGGAGGUGUCAGUCACCACAGUUUGCUCUAUUCCAAAACAGAACCUACACCAGCUGCACAGGUAGAAGAAGAUGAGCCGAGGAGAACAGGAAAUAAAACAUAUAGGAGAUAUGGUUCUUCGUCAACUUCAACUGAGCAUUAUGUCGCUGGGUCUGAGUAUGCAUUUAAUCCGAAGGAUGUAAACCUCCGCAAGAUCAAUGCUUCCCCACAACGUGAUACUAAGCUUACCGAAUCAGAUAUCAAGGAGAGGAUUAAUAGACUUUCUCAACUUUUAUCAAAUAAGGCUACUGUUUCGCGAUUACCUGACAGAGGGGAAAAACUUCGAAGUCAAAUCACAGAGCUGACGUUGGAGCUUGAAAAUUUAAGAACACCUGAAGGGACCAAUCAGGUCAUUGACUUGGAUGACAUUACGGACUCAUUUCAGAGAUCGUUACAUGUAUAAAAGCUUGGUGCAGGACACUCUUGUCCUCGUACUGUGGAUUGAAGUGUAAUUAAUGAAAGGGGUACAUAAGUGGAGCUGAUCAGAUGAUUUUUUCUAUUUUUGUCUGAUAUAAUCAUUGGCUUAAACAUGGGGCACUGGCUUGCUGCCCUUUGCUGGGAAUGGAGUUGAAAGAAUGUAUUUAUUUGCUGAGGCAUAAUUUUGUUGUAUAUGCUCUCAGAAAGUCAGAAGUGAACAUUGAAUUGCUUUGAAUGUCAUUGACUCUUCAUUUCCAGUAUUCUGUUAUUAUUAUUCUACUUAAAAUUAUUUAAAUGAAGAGUGGAAUGUUUUGAUGCUUAGCUUUGGCUGAUGAACCAUCACAAGAUUAAGUCCCCAACCUUGUGGUUGUUUGGUUGAACGAAAGAAACAAUAUUUUGUAGGAACUUGCUAUCCUGUGUA